CCAUUGAUUUCGGUUACUGAAAAUUCUGUGCACCACAAAAGUUUAAUUGGGUUACUAAAUCCCAAAAAAAAGAACGAGAUUUCCAAACCGAGGCCUCACCUGGAUCUGAGAGGUGAAGACGCUGUCAGCUGUUUUGUUAUCAGAUCUGACAAGAUGGCAGAGGCACAUGCUGCUGUGGCUUUUUCUUUUACUAUCACUCAUGAGGGAGUCAACUUCGAUGUGAACCAUGAUGCCCUCCAUGCUGUAUGGGAGAGUGGGGUUCGAUCAUGGAAGAAAAGGAUUGCCAGAUUCAAGAACCGCCUCAUCAACAUCAUGUAUCCAGCAGCCCCCAUAAGUUGGGUGUUUACUGUCAGCAUUGUCCUGGCUUUUGUUCUGGCCAAGGUGGAUGUUUCUCUGGGGCUUAUAGAUAGUAUCCAGAGUGGAAUGCCUGGUGUAAGAGCUCUCAGCUAUCCGUACAAAUUUUAUGCAAGUGCAGUUGUGUUUGGGACUUUGGUCUGGCUUCUCAAAAUAUUUGUGUUGAGGUAUCUGCUGAAACUCCUCCUGAUGUACCACGGAUGGAUGUUUGAACCAAGAGGAAAAGUGUCAAUAUGGACAAAGCUGUGGUCGGUCUUAGUGCGCCUGCUGGGAGGCAGGAAACCACUGCUGUACAGUUAUCAAGCUUCUUUACCGAAGAUGUUUGUUCCCAGAGUGGAGGAUACCAUGGAAAGAUAUAUUAAGUCUGUCCGCCCACUUAUGGACGAUGCUAAUUAUGAGAGAAUGAAAACCCUCUCUGAAGAAUUCAAAAAUGGUGUGGGUAAGAAGUUGCAGAGGUACCUUCUCCUGAAAUCCUGGUGGGCCACCAAUUAUGUGUCUGAUUGGUGGGAAGAGUAUGUCUACCUCAGGGGAAGAUCCCCCAUCAUGGUCAACAGCAACUACUAUGGUGUGGGUGCUGUUUUCCACCAUCCCACCAAGAUACAGGCUGCCAGAGCUGCCAAUGUCACAUAUGCUUUCCUGAAAUUUAGGAGAGAGAUUGAGAGAGAAGAGUUGUCCCCAAUCCUGCUGAAUGGUACUGUACCCCUGUGCUCCCAGCAGUAUGAAAGACAGUUCAACUCUGUUAGAUUGCCUGGUGUGGAAACAGACAAGUUGGUUCAUUGGUACGACUCUCGCCACAUAGUGGUCUACCACAAGGGCUGUUACUACAAAAUGUAUAUCCAUUACAAGGGCAGACUGCUUAAUCCUGCUGAGUUGGAAUUGAGCUUUAAAAAGAUAAUUGAAGAUAAUCAUGAGCCUGCUAAAGGUGAAGAAAAACUUGGAGCCCUAACUGCUGGAGACAGAAUUCCAUGGGCAAAAGCAAGGAAAGAAUACUUUGGAAAGGGUGUUAAUAAGACUUCUUUGGAUUCUAUUGAAAAGUCUGCAUUUGUGGUAGUGUUGGAUGAUGAACCAAGAUACAUUGAUCUGAAUGAGCCCAAUAAGUUGAGUUCUUGGGCCCGUGCCAUGCUGCAUGGAAAAGGCUAUGACAGAUGGUUUGAUAAGACUUUCAAUCUUAUCAUCAGUGCUAAUGGCAGAAUUGGAUUCAAUGCUGAACAUUCUUGGGCUGAUGCACCAAUCAUGGCUCAUCUGUGGGAAUAUGGAAUAAGUGAAGAUAUAGCUCAUUUAGGGGCUGAUGCCCCCAUAAUGGCUCAUCUGUGGGAGACUACUAUGGCUAUAGAUACAGAAACUGGAUACACAGAGACAGGCCACUGCAAGGGAGAGGCUAGUAUACAGCCACCCAACCCUAUUCGUCUGCAGUGGGAGAUCCCAGAUGAGUGCUGCGCUGUGAUAGACAAUAGCCUGCGUGUUUCCCAGGCUCUUGCCAAUGAUGUAGAUCUUCACCUGGAAGUUCAUACACAGUUUGGAAAAGGACUGAUCAAGAAGUGCAAGACCAGCCCUGAUGCAUUUAUACAGAUGGCUCUACAGUUAGCUUACUUUAGAGAUGCUGGAAAAUUUUGCUUGACCUAUGAAGCCUCAAUGACCAGACUGUUCAGGGAGGGUAGGACAGAAACUGUCCGCUCCUGCACAAUAGAUGCUGCCAACUUUGCCAGAGCCAUGGAUGACAAAACCAAAACAAAAGCUGAAAAGAUGGCCCUGUUCAAAAAGGCAUCAGAGACUCAUCAGGAAUCAUACCGCCUGGCCAUGACUGGCAAUGGCAUCGACAGGCACUUGUUCUGUCUAUAUGUGGUUUCAAAGUACCUCGAGAUUGAAUCUCCAUUCCUGAAAGAAGUGCUAGGGGAACCAUGGAGGCUGUCCACUAGCCAGACACCGCACACCCAGACAGACAGAUUGGAUUUGUUGAAACACCCAGACCAUAUUUGUGCAGGAGGUGGCUUUGGGCCAGUUGCUGAUGACGGUUAUGGUGUGUCUUACAUUAUUGCUGGAGAGUACACAAUCUUCUUCCACGUCUCCUGCAAGAGAUCCUGCGCAGAGACUAACGCAAAAAGAUUUGGUCGGACCAUAGUGAAGGCCCUGGAUGAUUUGAAGAAUUUGUUUGAAGUGUGAGGUUCAACCUUGGUACUAAUAACGUGUUGUGAUCAUUCUUUACACAUAAGUUUGAUAUAUAACAAAAGCAAUGCAAUGAAUAUCUACUUUGAUUUUAAUGACUGAGAAAGGGGAUUCUAAGGAAGAAAUUUAUUGUGACAGCACACGGUGGUGAAGAGUAAUAGACAAGAAGUUUUUUAUGAUUUCUGACCUCAAAUACCAGACAUUCAGACAUUAGGGAUGUACAAUUUACUUUAACUAUCUCCAUAAGCAUUUCUUGAAAACUACCCCUAGCUGAAGAAGCAAGCUCCAAGGUUUCUUGAUAGCUAUUAUGGAAUGGAAGUGUAAUGUUAAUGUACUGCUGAUGGUGAUAUGAUAACACAAAACAAGUAAUGUGUUUCAUAGCCUGUAUUCCAAUUAAAUACAUUUUCCUUUUUAUAAUGUCUAUCCAUGUUCCUAAUAGAAUUUAGUUAUUUAUUAUUUGCUGUGGUGUUAAGUGAUAUAAUUAUUUAAGGUGUACCAUAGCAUUGUAAUAGUUAUAAGAUUUGUGAAGCUAUGAAUUGAAUUUGUAUCACAAACAGCUGCCAUUCAUUUGAACUACUCAUUUGUUUUGUUUGAAUUUUAUUUGUUUACUUUAAGAUUCACUGUGCAUUUUAGACAAGAGAUGUAAUUUUUUUUGUCAAAUAUCCUUCCUUUAAUUUUCCUAUAUCUUAGUUGUAGUUAAUACUGAUAUUACAUAGAACAAUGGAAAUGAGUCCUAUGUGGCAGUAUAUCUCCAUAGCUGUCAGAAACUCUUUGAUCUCAGUUUGAAAUGAAAAUUUGUUCCUGCUGAUACGUGCAGAAGCAUUUUUUCUUUAGUUCCAAACAGACCAUGCCAUAUUGUCAAAAAUUGAUAUUUGAAUUACCUACAUACAGUGCACAGACAUUAGAGCCAUAAUAGUAAUGUGAUUUGUUUCUUUGAUAGGGGUGGUGCUUUAAUAUGUUCAGUAUAUCACCUUUUUCAAUCAUUUUGCAUACUAAACAUUGAACAGUUUUUUUAUGUCAAAGAAAUGCAUACUUGGGAUAUAUGAUUGACAUUUUAUUGAGGAAUGAAUUUAUAAAACAAGAAUAUUCUUCCGUAUGAAUUAGGGUAGCAUAGAUAUUAGGUAGUAGUAUUAGUAAAAUUCAAAACAUUCAGAUUGAAUUGCCAAAUACAGUUUAAAACUGGAACAUACCAGGCUUGCAGAUAUGUAUCAGAAAUGAUGAGUGUUGUUCUGUGUUGAAAUUAUACUCUGUAUUCAGAAGUUGCAAAAUUAAUGCUUGGUAAACGGUGUUUUUAUUUAUUGUUUAUCACUGAUCUUUGAGAAAUGAAAAUCAAACCCAAGGAAUUUAACAGGAAAACUAUGCCUCUGCUUGUUAUAUUAUUUUUUGUUUUAUUUUAUUUAUUUAUUUACUUAUAGUAUUUUUUGUAUUAAAUCAAAUGUAUCUGUAUGUGUCAAUUUCAUGAGAAGCACAGUCAUAUUGCACAAAAGAGAUGUCUCAAUAUGUCAUUUCUCUGUUAUGACAAGCUACUUUAUCUACAUGAGGUUGUUCCUUGGUUUUUAUUAGAUUCAUCGCUUGGUAUCAUCUGGUAUAAAGAAGUAUGCUAUGAACGACAAAAUUAAGUGGAUUUGCAGUUUUAUUUUUGGUCAAAAUAUUUAGUCAUAACUCCUGUCCAUGUUUCAUUACAUUUCACCUCUUUAUCUGUCUAGGCCAUGGUGUGAGGAUGUUUUAUUGUACAUAUCAGAUACUGUCAAAAUUAUUUUAAAAAAGUAGAACAGUUAUAAGACACAUUUUGUUUGACAAGCAUUUAGUGCACCUGUGUUUUGUGAACUUGUCUAGUCUGUCCAUAAGUGGGAAUACUCAGAUGUUGUCUUCUAGAAUUUCUGCGUUUAUAUACUAAUAUUAUUUCACUGUUUUGGUUUUAUCAGUUGUGAGUCUUCCUUUAUACUUACUGUGUUUUAAUCUUGGUUUAAACCACAUAAUGGUGUGUACAGUGAGUGAGGUUCAUGUGCAAAAAAUACACGUUUUAAGAAAGAAACAAUAAAAAAGAUUUUACACUGUC